UGUCGAGAGGAACAAGCUGCGAUGGUCGUCAUCAAGGAGUACCGUGUGGUUUUGCCCUGUAGCGUUGAGGAGUAUCAAGUUGGCCAGCUGUUCUCAGUGGCUGAAGCAAGUAAAAAUGAGACGGGUGGUGGUGAGGGCAUUGAGGUACUAAAGAAUGAGCCCUAUGAAAAAGAUGGCGAGAAGGGACAGUAUACACACAAAAUCUACCACUUAAAGAGUAAAGUCCCAGGGUUUGUCAAGCUGUUUGCCCCUGAAGGCUCCCUGGUAUUCCAUGAAAAAGCCUGGAAUGCCUACCCUUACUGCAGAACCAUUGUGACCAAUGAGUAUAUGAAAGACAAUUUCUUCGUCAAGAUUGAGACAUGGCACAAACCAGACCUCGGAACACAAGAAAAUGUGCACAAACUAGACAGUUAUGAAUGGAAGGAAGUAGCUGUUGUGCCCAUUGACAUUGCAGACAGAAGUCAAGUGUCCAAUGCUGACUACAAGCCAGAUGAGGACCCUGCCAGGUUCAAGUCAGUCAAGACCGGGAGAGGACCCCUCGGCCCCACAUGGAAGAAAGAGCUGGUUAAUAAGACUGACUGCCCAAGGAUGUGUGCCUACAAACUGGUCACAGUCAAGUUCAAGUGGUGGGGCCUGCAGACCAAAGUGGAGAACUUCAUCCAUGAGCAAGAGAAGAGGAUCUUCACUAACUUCCACCGCCAGGUCUUUUGUUGGAUUGAUAAGUGGGUGGAGCUCACUAUGGAGAAUAUCCGGGAGAUGGAGGCAGAGACACAAAGGGAGCUGGACGAGCUUCGCAAACAAGGAGAAGUACGAGGAACCAGUGCUGCAGACGAAUGAAAAGGCAAAGGAUUUUAAACGCCCACAAUGGGGGACUGCUAAGAGAUCUCCUUUGGUGCCACCAAAUUUACCAGAACUGAUUCAGACUGUGGAGGGGGGGUGGGGGGGGGGUCUACAUGCAAUCUAUAGAGCAGAUCUUUAACUUGCACCCAAUCAUAGACAUUCUAUAUACUGAGGAAUUGAUUUCUAGAAACCAACACGAUCCUAGCUGAUAAGACUCUGGUUCAUUUUGAUCUCCUGGGCAGAGAAAGGCCAGCUAUCAGCAUCAUGUUAUUGACAAGACCCAGCCUUCUGGAGAGAUAUGAAGGGGAGCUACUUGCAGGAGAGAUCCAUUUUUACAAAAGCAAAAUCAUUGGCUUGUUGCCACAGUGGCAGGUGUUGGACCAAAUGUUUCCUCAGUCAUAUUUAGAUUUUCCUUUUUCUCCAAAACAUUCCUCUCUAGAUGAUGCCCUGUCUGACCUCUCUUUGUCUCCUCCUUGGUCUUAACUGUACACACUGCGGCUCAGUGGUUUGCAUUCCCCAGCAUGAGUCUGUCUGUUUGUCAUACUCAUGUUCCUUCCUGCCACAGCCUCCAUUAAGAGAUUACUAACACCCUUGGCGCCUUGGCCAAUUGUAAUCCUUCCCCCAUCACCCCACCUUACCCAGCACACUGCAUCUUAUUAACACUGACAAUCAUGCCCGUACAGGUAUUCACUCUCACUCUCAUCAAGAUUUAAUAGAAACACACACACACACACACACACACACACACACACACACACACACACACAUAUGCAUGUGACACAUAUACAUCGCGCACAUAAGGAUAAACAUGUGAAUUCAUUCUCACUCGCACACACACUCGCAGGUGUGGAUGCCUUUGCGGUGACUGAUCUUAUAAAAGCUCAAGCUGGGCAGAUCCGUGCAAGCUUGUUCAGCUAAAGGAUGUUACUUUGGAAGUGUUUACAGCUCCCACUGAUUCUUUUUUCUUCCCCACCCCUCCCCUCACACACACACACUCCCUAUUCUAAAGACAUUCACACAUAACAUACAACAGAGCAUUCACCUCCCUAACAGAUGUCCCCAGAGAAAAAACUGCACUGAAAAACAGCCACAGAUGGUGCUACACCCCUCCAGCCUCUGUCACAAGCCAAACUGCACCGCACUGCUCGCCCCACCUCACCCAGCCCACCCCAGAGGCCUGUCUCACUCAUCUGGUUCCUGAGGUAGACGCUUUCCAAACGCUCUUCUCUUCUGCUUCACUCUAGGUGUGUUUACAGAUUCAUAACAGCCUUAGCGGUGCCCAGCCAACACCAGCACCACACACUGCUUGCCUUAAUCUCCGGACCUUUGGACCCGUUCUACCUUUUGUACCUCUGCUGCCAGCUAUUGCUCUAGCUACCUCCCUUUUUUCUGACUGGCAAUUUUCCUGACACCUAAAGGUUAGCACGAGCUAUUAGCCUGCUACUUGUUAGGAGUGAAUCAUGGCAGACAGAGCUUUAUGAGCAAAGUUGUUUGUGAUGACUCUUUAUUUUCUUCUCGGUGUAGAAUUGCAUGUGACUCCCUUUAUGUUUCCUGAUGUGUGUCACAGUGCCUGAGCAAGUGCAAUUCCUUCAGCAAGCAAAAAUGUAAGUUGCAGCAGGAACAGCCUGUAGCAUGGCUGUUGGUGCAAAGGGCUGCAUAUUUACAUCUUUGCCUCAGAUCAGCUGUUUGACGGAUAUGCCAUAUUAAUGACUCUUCAACUCCAUAGUGCACUUUCUCCCCGUAGGCUUCAGAAUCAUGUGGCACUGCCCUACAGUGUUGACUAUCACUAGUGUUACAUGUACAAGACAAGUAGUUAUCGUUAUUUGAUUCUCGUUCGUUGUGUUUUUUGUGAUACGUCAAUGUCUUAAAUUGUACAUCAGGAAUUUGGGGUUUGUUUUUAGAGGUCUAUUUUCCUUUCAAGACACAGAUGUAAUGAAAUAAUCCUAAUGUUUUUAUUGUAUGAGGGAAUGUGAUCACUUCCUCAGUAAUGGGUUAUUGGCUUGUCCAAAGAGUGUGAUUUCUGAUAUGUUUACAUGAACUCAGCAGUUAUAGGCUGGUUAUAUAGGAGAACUGGGAAGCAAUUGUCUGAGGCAACAUUUUUUCUUAUCAACAAAAACUUCUCAGGUGAACAAUACGACACAAGGAUCUUUUUUUGAUAUUGUUGCUCAUCAGUUGCCCCAAACAAUUGACUUCCUUUCACCAUACCGUAUCCUUUUCUGUGGGAAAUAUGGUAAAUACAGUGUCAAUAUGAUGACAAGCAGUUGUAAUAUAGCCUGUUUCAUUUUAUCACAGUAUGUGAGACAGCCAGUCAGUCUUUGUUCCUGUACUGGGAUUGUAUGCAUAUGUCUCAAAGAGCGAAAGUGUGAAACAAUUGGUCUUCAGUGUAAUCAAUGUUUCCAAGUCUAUCUUAAUGAUUCCUGCUGUCUGUUGAAUAGAGAAGCCAGCGGCUGAAGAGAACAACCUCAAUCAAUGGUUUACCAUCUGUCAAGACAAUGAUAUAGGGGAGGGGAAGUACUCACAAAGCAACUGUACAGUCUUAUCCUAAUUUAUGAAAUCUACAACUGUUUAAUUUCUGAACUGUUCGCUUUUUAAAUGUUUCUGAUCAGCUUUUGAAAUUCAGGGGACAUGGUAGUGAAUGUAUGAGAUUUUGUGCCUUUUCUUUCUGAGAUCUUGUGUGCCAUUACGUCAACAUAUUGUAUCUGAAUAUCAAAUAAAUUUUCGUCUGGAAAAUA